CAGGAUAAAAGGAGAAGGCUGAAGUCUUGUCCUGGCAUUAGCAGGAGGGUGAAUCAUCAGACGACAUUCUGACCUGGUCUGAACAGUUUUCUAAAGUUUGCAUAUACUGAACAAAGAAAGACGCUUUUCUGACAUGGAAAAAAUCAUCUUGCAAAGAAGCAGUUGAAAUAACCUGGACCAAGUGUGGGAUGGCUGAGGGUGAAUCUACAAUGGAUAAAUCAGAGGAGGAUGAGGAGUUCUAUGAUACAGUGGAUGACUUCAGUGAUCUUUACUGUGAGGAAGGAAAACCUCCUGCAACUCUGCAGUCUGACUAUGUUCCUCCACCAGAAGUAACAGUCCUCCAUGUUAGCAGUGACACUGUUUCUCUUGGUCUGACACCCACUGGUUCCUCUGUUAAGUACAAACUCCAUGUAGAUUACACCUGUGGCCCACAUGGAGGCAGCGUGAUCAUGGAAGAGCGCAGCACUGUAGAUGUGGUGGGGCUAAUUCCUGGGACUGAGUACACUGUCAACAUCACAAGGACUGCUGACAACAGAAUUCAAAGUAAAGCAGCCUCUGUACUAGUUUCUACAGAGCCCAUCCCUCCUGCAGCAAUAAGCGUCUGUAACCGCAGCAGUGAGUCGCUGUGUCUGCAGUGGGACAUUCCUGCUGGUGAGGUGGAGAGUUUCAUUGUGACGUGUUGCAGCGACGGAGAAACUGUGCAGGAGCUGCCAACAGAAAGCAACAGUGUGACUGUCAGCUGCCUGAGGCCAGGGGUGUGUUACUCCAUACAGGUGUCUACACAACUGAAAAAUGGGAGAAUCAGCGAGCCAACUGUAACAUCUGCUAAAACAAAGACUCAACUGGAGAGCUUAUUGGAGGAUCUGGGAUUGGAGCAGCUCUACAGAGAAAAGCUAUCAUUCGGCAACAUACUUGAGAUUAAUGAGAAGUCCAUCACUGAUGAACCUUCGAAGAGUAAAUCAGACCUUCCAUGGUACUUUCUCAAGAAACUGAUGAUGGCUAAUGUAACAGCUAGGAAUGUGAAAUGUACAUCUGUAAUUGAGUCAAACUGUGAUAAUGCAUCAGAGAUUAUGGAGUCAGAUUUUGAUAAUCUGCUUGACAGUCCAAAUUUAGUUGACAUGGUAAACCCCCUCGACAUAAUCACUGCUCUUUUUCUGUGCUCUGAUGGUUUUGUGCAGCAGGAAAUGGCACUAAAAAUGUCUAUGUGUCAGUUUUCUGUGCCUCUGCUGCUUCCCAACUGUGACACAAAACAGUGCACACUCAUGCUGUGGGCCAUGAGAGACAUCGUUAAAAAGUACAGACCUCAGUCACUUUCAGAAUCCAAGGGCUUCACUGAAGAGAGAAUCGUUGUCUCUGAAAUUCCAAUGAUCUCUUUUAUGAGACUGGGUGAGUGCUCCUUGUCCAAGUCAGAGAUCCUCAAUAAGUUCCUGAGUAACUCUCAGCAGUACCAUGACACCUUUGUUCACCAAGAUAUGGAGUGUGGUGACAUUCCAAGAAGAAUCUCCAAUGGAUUGACAGAAAUUACUUGGUACCUUCCCUGUGGAAGCAAAAACUUGGAUGUUUUCAGUCAACCAGUGGCUGUAGCUAACCUUCGUGGUGACAUUGCUUCCUUCGAAACACAAUACUCCUUCUUGUGUCAGACGUCUGCAGCAGUUUUUGUGUUCUUUGACAACUUGGACUCUGAAUGCAGCCUACUUACCAACGAGAACCACAACGCACAAAUCUUCUUGGUGGGAAACCAACAGAGCAAGAGCUUCAGCUUAGUUGAUCUAAGAAAACUAGCAACCAAGUUGGGCUUGAGUAAAAGCAACAUUAUUUUGAAGACAAAGACCAUGAAUGAUGCAGACUUUGUCACAAUCUUGAGGAAGAAAGUCAGCGAUGUGGCUGAGAACCCAAAGAUGAAGAUGUCAAUAGAGCAGAUGGCUGGCAUUGCUCAUGAACUGGGAAUCUUGGUUGAUGAAGACUCUCCAGAGUGUCAGGCUGGAAAAAUAAAUGCAGAUGCCAUCACUACAGAAAUUCAAGAUGUUCUUGAAUACAAAGAAGUUCAGCUUCCCCGGCAAGGCCAAAUAUGGAAAGAAUUAACAAGUUUAGAGAAGGAAGAAUUCCGCCUUCGGAAAGCAGGGACUGAAAACAUAGAGGAGUAUAAAAGUGAUCUUCAGGAACAGAGAAAGAAACUGCGACAACAACAGAACUCCUAUGCAAUGUCUACAGCUAUGACACGCUUCAUCAUCGCUAUAUCAAGCCCAGGAAUAGAAUGGUGUUAUUUCCUGAAAUGGAUGAGAAUGAACCUUGACAAUGUGUCUCGUCUGAAACUGUCUGGACUCAGGGAGAAGUAUAAAGAAAAAUGCAAGAAUUCUGAGAACAAAGAGGAGAUCAAAGAAAUUGACAGACAACUUUCCAACAGCUCACUGGGAACUGAACACUUCUUCCGUGAAAUGGGUCAGAUCUAUGAAGCUUCACUUUCCCUUCCUGAAAUGGACCCAUCACGUCAACAAUUUCAGCACCUGCCCAAACUCUGUGCAAAACUGUUGCUAGAUGGAUUUCCUCUUGAACUUGUGGAUGGAGAUGCAUCCAACAUUCCUCUCAGAUGGGUGAGUGACGUUCUGUCUCAGCUCAAUGACAUGGUGGAUCCAAAGAGAAAGAUCCUGGUAGUUACAGUUCUUGGAGUCCAGAGCACAGGGAAGUCCACUCUCCUAAACACCAUGUUUGGAGUCCAGUUUGCAGUCAGCAGUGGGCGAUGCACUCGAGGUGCCUUCAUGUUGCUCAUCAAAAUCAAUGAAGAUGCCAAAGAAGCACUAAAGUGUGACUUUAUGGUGAUCAUUGACACUGAGGGCUUAAAGUCACCAGAACUUGCACAGCUGGAUAACAGCUUUGAACACGACAAUGAGCUUGCAACGCUUGUUGUGGGGCUGAGCGAUAUCACCAUUAUCAAUAUCGCAAUGGAGAAUUCAACAGAAAUGAAGGACAUCCUACAAAUAGUUGUGCAUGCUUUUCUCAGGAUGAAGGAGGUGGGCAAAAAGCCAAAAUGUCAGUUUGUUCACCAGAACGUGUCUGAUGUGUCUGCCCAUGAGAAGAACUUACGAGACAGGAAACUGCUCCUGCAGCAGCUGAAUGAGAUGACCCAGGCAGCAGCCAGAAUGGAAAAGAAAGAGGAGAACAAGAGCUUCACUGACGUGAUGGAGUACAGUCCAGACACUGGGAACUGGUACAUUCCUGGACUCUGGAAUGGAAACCCACCAAUGGCACCGGUCAAUGCAGGUUACAGCGAGGCUGUGUAUGAGCUCAAGAAAAACAUUGUCCAACUACUGGGGAGUUAUGAGUCAUCUGCUAAUAAUAUCUUGGAUUUCAAAGAGUGGAUGAGAAGCCUGUGGAAUGCAGUCAAGCAUGAGAACUUCAUCUUCAGCUUCAGAAACAGCCUCGUAGCCGACGCAUACAUGAGGCUCUGCACAGAGUUCAACAAAUGGGAGUGGGAAUUCAGAAAGAACAUGUACUCCUGGGUCACAAAUGCAGAAACAAAAAUUUCCAAUUUUGGUACAGUUGCUGCAAAAUCUCACACGUCUGACAUGGAACAGUUUCUCACUCAACUGAAAAGUGAAGCAGUCACAGAGCUGUCGAAGUGGGAGACAAAGCUUCUCAACAAUCUAACACAGUACUUCAAGCAAACAGAAGGUCAUGUCUAUCUAGUUGAAGGAUACAAAGAGGAGUUCUCAAACAGUGCAAAGAGCCUUCGACGAGAAAUGGAAAACUCUGUUGUUAAUCAGCUCACAGCAGCAGCAGACAUCAGGUGGGGAAAAAGAGAACUAGACAGAAUCAAAGAGAACCACACAAGCAAAAUAGAAAAAGCAGUGUGUGCAUUAAUUGAUGAAUGUCGAAAGAAAAACGUCCAGAUGACAGAGAAAGAACUGGACAAAGAAUUUGAUAAGAUGUGGAAAGAAACACUGAAGAAACUGACCUAUUCUAAACUACAGCCCACAGAUAUCUUCACCAGGGUGGAACACUGCCUGAGAAUAAAUCUGUCACGCAAGGGGGGUGCAAAUGAACUGUUGAGUCAAAAAAGACUGCGAGAUUGUGGAGUACAGCCUUUCAAAAAUACAGUUGAAGGAUUCUUCAAAAAAGCCAAACACAAAAUGAUCACAAUGUGGCACGGCCAAGAUCAUGUACAAAAAAUGGCUGACAACAUCAUAGCUGCUUGCACGCUGUUUGUAACUGAGAAGAUGGAAAGAAAAACCAAUUACCACGAUACUUACAUCCAGGAGAUCCUACUCAUCAUUGAUGAGAGUUUGGAAAAAAAUCAGAAUGUCAAGAUAGACAUUGAGUUUGAGGUUUCUCUAAAACAGCACAUCUGUGGAUUUGCAGCUAGAAACUUUAAGAAAAUGCAUGAAGAUCUCAUGCAAGAAAAUGAUCCCUACAGAUGUCUGAGUGGAAACAAGGAAAGGUUUCGUGCAGAUUUCAAAGAUGUUUUCCAUGAACGAGACCAGUGCCAGAAGAAGGCAGAAGAAUUCACAGACCAAUGCCUGAAGCCUGCUGUUGAAGACUUUGUCCAUCGUUCCUUAGGUCCAAACAUUGUUGAUGAAAUGCUCAAAUGUGAGGAGUUCAGCACACGGAUGUCUUUCCAGUAUUCACUUCUGAAGGACUUGCUUUCAAAGAAAAGUCUUGCAGACUAUUUAUGCUACAGUUUCUCUUAUGAGAGCUACGUCAAGGAAAGAAUAAUGCAGCAAAUUGAGGAACGUUUCUCAAACUCCUCUGCAACAUUUGAGUUUGAGGAUCGACAUCUUCAGUCAAGUAUCAGCAGCAUAAAUGAUGCCAUCAAAAAGGCCAAAACAGGAAACAGUGACAACUUGAAGAAGUUUGUUGACGAUAUCUGCAAAGAACUUGGUGACAAACUUGUCAUUUCCCAGGAUGCUCUUGGUGCUUUCAUGAUCCUGAACAAAGCUGAUCAGGAACAGUUUGCUCACUGGCUCACAGUGUCUGUGAAAGACAUGAAAGAAACUCUAAGAGAGAAGUUUAAAAAAUCAACCUUUGCAGAGAAACUAAAACAUCUCAAUAUGAAGCCCCAGAAUGAGCUUUUCACCAGAGUGAUUGGUUGUGGCAAACAGUGUCCGUUCUGUGGAGUGCCCUGUGACGCAGGAGGAAAUAAACAUACCCAGCACUUUGCUUCACUGCAUCGGUCAAAUGGUCUGGGUACAUACAGGUCGACGUCAACAAAUAAACUUUCCACUGACAUAUGCUCUUCUCUUGUAGACAGUGACACAGAGUUUUGCUGCGAUCGUACCAACAAUAAAUAUCACCCUUACAAAGGUUACAAGGAAAUUUAUCCAGACUGGGAUAUUCGUCCAGAUGUGAGCCUCGAGGCAUCAGACUACUGGAAAUAUGUUAUGAAAACAUACAAUGCAGACUUUGCCAAAGCAUAUGGUGCAAAAUCUGCUGAUAUCCCUCCAAUGUGGAAAAAAAUCACAGCGAAGCAGGCAGAAGCCAGCCUCAAAGAGUCAUUUGGCAUCAAGUGAGAAGCUACACGCUUACUGAUUAUAGAGGUGCACAUCUUCCUAAUUCAUUCAUAAUUCUCUUAGUGAAGAUUUGAUCUUUAUUUUAUAUUAUACAGAAGUAAAUCAGAAAUAGGAUUAUGCUGUAUAUAAGAUGAUGAAGUUGAAGAUGUCAAUCCAUCGAAAUAUUUCCUUUCUCUACAUUUAUUCUCAUGAGGACACUGCUGAAUACCUUUUUUUUUUUUACUUUGAGUCAAAGCACACGUUCAGAGCACAUGUUCAGAACAUACAAAAUGUGUCCUUUUUGAUUUUAAGCAUCUAUUUUUGCAUUUGUCUUUUUCUGAAAGAUGGAUUUCAGUAUACAGUUCUUCAAAAACAUAUAUGCAGUUAAACACAGUAACAAAAUGACAGGAGUCACUCUGAAACAGAUUUGGUAUAUGAGAUGUGAAUAUUUAAAACAUUUUCUUUCUUUGUCAUUAGUAUGUGAUGGUAAAUAUUUACAGUUUCAAUGAGUUAAAAUAUCAUUCAGUCCAUAUAUGGUGUUUUCAACAUUUGCUUAUGUGAUCUUUAUUAUUUAGAAUUUGAAAUGUUUGUUUUUGUUUCUGUUCAAUAUUUGAUUGAAAGUAUUACAUACUUUCUGGAAAUCAUCAGUGCUCAAUCGAUCUAAAUGUGGAAUAAAGGAAAUUAGAUACAAUCAAACCAUAAAGUCAUGUGAUGUGAUUUAAUGAAAACACACAAAUCUCUUUUAUUUCCAAGUGUAUUCUUUUAAGCAUAUGAUGUCAAAUCUUUGCAGUUUUGAAGCAAACAAAGGAUCAUUCAUGUUUUCAGCAUGUUAGAUUCUUAGUUAACGCGCUGAAUAAAGACACAAAAUCUGCA